CACAUGUGGGAAAUUACCAGCGUCUGAAGAUUUAUCGACCGUCUGUGCAUUUUUCCGAUGAACGCGCAACAUCACCGCAUUAUUCGCAUCUUCAGCGUGCACUUCCGUCUCGCUCGCGGUUGUUUUAAAUUUUCAAUUUGCAAAUAUUGAUAAUUUUUAUUCAAAGUUCACAAAGGUCAUGUUUCGAUGUCUGUCGAGUAUAUUCGAGUAAUCGCGCGAGUGUCGAAAUGCGAAUCGGACGUUGCGAGUUGCGGGUUGCGCGGGGUGAUGGAUGCCCCUCUCGGAUCAGCUGGCUGCGACCGUCCUUGAACGACCGACGCAGCGAUGUGAUAACAGAACAAUCAAGUGUGUUAUCGAUGAUAACGUAACACUUGCGAAAAUCAAGCGUCGCGAAUACACCGACAGCGAAUCGUGACAGACGCGUUUUGCCGAGUGAUAAUUCAUUUGCGGACGUUACGAGAGCUUUACGAUUUACAAACAUCUACAUAUAGAGAAUAUAGCACAAUGGUUCGACAAGUUUAUAUUGGUGCGUUGAUUUGCAUAGAUGAUAAUGAGGAAUUGAUUAUUAAGGAGAACGCUGCUGUAUUUGUUGAAGAUGGCAAGAUUAUUCGUGUUAUGGAGAAUCCACAGACUAGUCAACAGGGGAUAGAUGAUGAUAUCUCAGAUUUUCUCACAAUAUUUCUCGCAGAUGACGACGAAGUUAAUAUUUUGUCACGCGAACAGUUUAUGAUACCUGGAUUCAUCGACGGACAUACUCAUGCGGUACAGUUUCCGAAUCUUGGACUGGGCUACAGCAAGUGUCUCUUGGAAUGGCUGGAGAAUUACACCUUUCCGCUGGAGAGAGAGUACAUUGAUACGAAAUUUGCGGAACAAGUUUUUGAAGCAGUCGUGAAACAAACCGUCAAAAUGGGCACAACAACGGCGUGUUACUUUGCAUCUUUAUACGCCGAGGCGUCUACGAUCCUCGCGAGGAAAGCUGCGAAGCUGGGCCAACGAGCUUUCAUCGGGAAAGUGAAUAUGAACGCACCGCGUGACGAUGGAUACUGCGAAAGCACCGAGAAGUCAAUUAAUGAAACCGUGGCUUUCAUAAAGUCUAUUGAGCGAAUAGGGAGCCCGCUUGUAAGGCCGAUCAUCACGCCAAGAUUUGCAUUGAGUUGUGACAUGGAAUUAAUGCAAGAGCUGGCAAAGAUCGCUAAAGAGAAAGAUUUACAUAUACAGACUCAUAUCUCUGAAAAUAAAGACGAGAUAGCGGCAGUAGAAGCAGCUUUUCCAAACCAGCCUUCAUACACGGCUGUUUAUGACGCCGCUGGUCUUCUCACUAAUAAGACAGUAUUAGCGCACGGAGUUCAUCUCGCGGACAGCGAACUUGCCAUUCUCAAAGAACGAGGAACAGCUGUGAUUCACUGUCCCUCUUCGAACACGUAUCUGAAAAGCGGUCUUUGCGACGUACAGAGGCUAAAGGCUAACAGUAUCAAAGUUGGACUUGGAACAGAUGUUUCAGGUGGAGCCAGUUACAGUAUAUUGGACGAGAUGAGAUCGGUUUUACGAGUAUCAAAUUGUCUGUCCUUGACAAGAGACAAUUAUACACCGCUUAGUUACAAAGACGCUUUUUAUAUGGCAACAUUAGGAGGUGCUAGAGCACUCUCAAUUGAGGACAAAGUCGGUAAUUUCAUGGCAGGCAAAGAAUUCGAUGCUCUCAUCGUCGACUUGAAUGUGAAAGACAGCUUAUUGAAUAAUUUCAGAAAAUAUACGCUCGAGGAGAAUUUUCAGAGAUUCAUAUACAGCGGUGAUGAACGUAAUAUAGUGUCAGUAUAUGUAAGUGGCAGGAAAAUUAAAUAAGGACUUCCUCUGUUUUACAAGUUUUGUAACAUAAAACAUGGAACUAUCAAAUAAAAAGCAUUUAUCUUCGCACAUUA